UCAGAGCAUUUCCACAUCUUCGUUGGAGAUUUGAGCCCUGAUAUAGAAACCCACCAGCUUCGAGAUGCUUUCAAAAUUUUUGGAGAAAUUUCUGAUUGCAAGAUUAUUCGUGAUCCACAGACCCUCAAAUCUAAAGGCUAUGGCUUUGUCUCUUUCGUCAACAAAAUGGAUGCUGAGAAUGCAAUUGGUAACAUGAACGGACAAUGGAUUGGAAGCCGACCCAUCAGAACCAACUGGGCCACCCGGAAACCCCCCGCACCAACCGUCAAAGAAUCAAGAUGGCCUCCAGGAAGCGAAGGUUCAGACGUAAAACAGUUGUCAUUUGAUGAAGUUUUUAACCAAUCCAGUGCUACCAAUUGUACUGUAUAUUGUGGUGGUGUAACUAAUGGAUUAAAUGAGGAAGUUAUGAGGAAAACAUUCACAUCCUAUGGUAAUAUUCAAGAAAUUAGAGUUUUUAAAGACAAAGGAUAUGCCUUCAUCAGAUUUGGUUCAAAAGAUGCUGCUACAAAUGCUAUUUGUGGUGUCCAUGGAACUACCGUUAUGGAACAACAGGUUAAAUGUUCCUGGGGUAAAGAAUCCAAUGACCCU